CAAAUAACUACGCGGGGAUUCUCGGCGAAAACGGGCAUCUACGUGGAAGUCGCAGUAGGAUAUUACGCAACUCCCCGACUGUCGUCGACGUCCUUUCAACAACGAGGCUAUUUCGACGCAGGAACGUCAUCGUCAAGUCGGGACCUCGUUUCCUCUACGCAUCUGCGCUGCCCCCUGGACGCUGUUGACCGAGGAUUGAGAUCUGACGUUUAAGGCGGAUAGCAGGAGGAGCCCACUGGAGUGACAGAGGAGACCGCCAGGAGGCGGGAGGUUGCGUCCAAGAUGGCGACGACGACGACCACGACGACAGAGGGUGGUGGCGGCCUACUGGAGCACGUGGCCGAGAACAUAGCCGAGCACGUGGCCGAGUACAUACGCAGGAACGAGACGGCCCACAGCAACGAGCCACUCAUGGAAGGGGAGGAAGAAGAAUACUUCCGGGCAGCCGCACCGAUACUCUUCCUCUUCGUCAGCUUCAUACUCGGAACGUUGGUGCGUUUCCUGUUGAAGCGUCUCAACAUCCAGCUGCCGUACACGGUGGUGCUGUUCGUGUUCGGCGCCCUGAUGGGCCUGGUGUCGCGCCAGUACGAUUCCCUGCAGAUCUACACCUACCUCGCGCGCAUCGACCCAAAGCUGCUGCUGCACAUGUUCCUGCCCAUACUGAUCUUCGAGUCGGCCUUCGCCAUGGACGCGCACACCUUCAUGCGGUGUUUCACGCAGUGCAUACUCAUGGCCGUGCCCGGACUGCUGAUCUGCGCCGGACUGACGGCCUUCCUGUCGGUGAACCUGUUCGUGAGUUACGAGUGGGGUUGGCACAGCGCGUUCCUCUUCGGCUCCAUCCUCAGCGCGACUGACCCCGUGGCCGUGGUGGCGCUUCUCAGGGACGUCGGCACGUCAAAGAUCUUGACCACGAUCAUCGACGGUGAAGCUCUACUCAACGACGGAUCGGCCAUCGUCAUCUACGAAGUGCUCGUGGAGCUCGCCGUACCCGGAAGAAGCAUGACAGCGGCCGACAUCGCGUGGAUGUUCUGUCGCAUCUCAUUCGGCGGUCCCCUGCUGGGCCUGGUGGUUGGCAAGCUGUCGGUGUGGUACCUGUCCAAGGUAUUCAACGACUCGGUCAUCGAGAUCACGAUUACGCUCAGCGCGGCCUACAUCACCUACUACCUGGCCGAGACCGUGCUCCAGGUGUCCGGAGUGCUCGCGGUCGUCGCCCUGGGCGUCGUCAUCAGCGCCAACAAGGUCAGCAUCAGCCCCGAGGUCGAGGAGUUCGUCCACAGCUUCUGGGAGAUGCUGUCCUACCUGGCGAACACGCUCAUCUUCAUCAUCGUGGGCAUCGUGAUCACCGAGAGAUCGGUGUCCUUCAUCGAGAAGAACGACCUCUUUCUCAUCCUCAUCACCUACAUCGCCAUCACCGUGUUCAGGUUGUUGAUGAUCGGUAUGCUGAGCCCGAUCCUGACUCGUCUCGGCUACGGCCUCAAGUGGCAGGACGCCAUCAUCAUGACCUGGGGCGGACUCAGGGGAGCCGUCGGCCUCGCCCUCGCGCUGUCCGUCGCCGAGAGUCGCUACAUCAACAGGGCCAAGAUAGGCAACAAGAUCCUGAUCCAAGUUUCGGGCAUCGUGAUCUUGACUCUGCUUGUCAACGCCACCACGACGAAUUUCCUCCUGAGGAUUCUGGGCAUGAACGCACUGUCGGCGUGGAAGCAGUCGAACAUGGUGAACGCGGUGCGACACCUGCGCGAGGUUCAGAAGCGCUCGCUGCAGGUGCACCGCGAGGACGUGUUCCUGACGGACGCCGACUGGAAGUACGUCGAGCAGUACACCGCCAUAGGGAACCCCUACAACCCCAAGGACAGCGGACAGGACGCGGACGACCACAACCGAGCGUGCAACAGCGCUCUGCCUGCGUACAUGUUCCGCAAGCUGAGCCACGUGUCCCUCUGUCCCGACUGCUCGGAGCACCACCUGUGCCAGCCGUCGCAGCAGGAGAAGGACGAGAUGCUCAACGAGGCACGCAUCCGCAUGAUCUCCGCCCAGAAGGUGCAUUACUGGCGUCAGUUCGAGUCCGGACUGCUGCUCCGGGACAGCGCAUCGGUCCUCGUUUCCGCCGCCGAUGCCGUCGCUGACAAGCCUGACCAGUUUAUCACUGUGGACGAACUGCGCAAGAACUGGGAGGUCAACAGGGUCUACAAGUGGUUGCAAGACCACUUUGUGGAGCCCGUGACGGAGAAGCAGGUGUACACGGAGACGCGCUGGCGCGAGAAGAUGCCGAGCGAGAAGUGGCGGCGUCCUUUCUUCGUGGCCACGCAGCACGCCACGUUCAACUUCGUGCUCACCCUCGUGCUCGCCGCCGACGUGGCCUGCACCAUCGCCGAGCUCGUGCUGCGCGUCGGAAGCUGCGGGCAGUGCUUCGCCACCUGGGUGCUCCGAUGGACCAACCUCGGCUUCGUCACCUUCUACUUCUUCGAACUCGUCUUCAAGUUGCUGGGUCGCGGACUGCGAGCGCACUUCAAGAGCUACUGGAACAUCGUGGACUUCGUCGUGCUGUGGGCCUCGGUCGCGUCGGCCGCCAUCGAGCUGGAGAUGGAGCUCGCCGGAUCGUGGUACUCGCCGUACAUCGUCGCCAUCCGGCUGUGCCGUGUCGUCCGGCUACUCCACUUCCAUCGCCUGCUCCGCGUGUUCCUGCCAGUGGGAACAAAGGUAGCGGGCGUGGUGACGCAUCGCGUGAACGAGCAGCUCACUGCUGGCUACGACAUCGGCCGCGGCUUCAUGAUGGGUCAGUACGAGGUCAGCAAGUUCCUGGACCACAUGGUGGACUACCAGCCGAUCGCCGAGAAGCUUCGCAAGAUUUGCGGGGACAGCAGGCUAGAGAUUGUCCGUGAGCUGGCAGCCCUUCAGGAGAAGUAUCCCAAGGUGGCUGUGGCGGUCAAGACUCGCCGAGCUGUGCGCCACGUCCUCAACACAACCCGCGAUGAGCUGAUUGAACUGAAAGAGGCCGGCAUGCUGGAUGACGGUGUUUUCCAUUCACUCAUGGAGUCCAUCGAAGAGAAGAUGAUGCGCCUACACUCUGCACCCACAAGCAUUGUACCAGCACCUCCCACUGAGCUGCUCAGGAAUGUCAACUGGAUCAAGGGCAACGAGGAAAUGUUCAACUUCUUCAAGGAGAAAGCAACACUGCAGACCUUCCCGUCUGGAUGGAGCCUAGGCAAAGAGGGUGAUGAGCCAAGUGGAAUCUACGUCAUUGUUUGUGGUGUCGUCAAGGUGGAAGGCACAGUGACCGAGAGCGACGGUGGCAGCCUGCCCAACACGGACUCGUACCACUGGUUUGUGAGCGAGGGUCAUCUCCAGGACCUGCUGACCGUGGGGGCCAUCCUGGGCGAGCUGGGAGUGCUGACGCGCAAGCCCCGGCAGACGCGGGCCACCUGUGACACGGAUGUUCGGGCCUUCCACCUGAGCCAGGCAGUGAUGCUCGAGGCGUUGACGCGCUUCAACAGGCUUCCAUCACUGGAGUACCGACUGUGGCGAAGCUGUGCGCUCAAGGUGGCUCGCAGUAUUCUCAGCUUGGAGCCCAAGUACGAGAACUGGUCUCAGAACAAACUGAUGAUGCACCUGGACCACGCAUUCCUGCCCGACUUGAGCGCCGUCAACAGCUACCUGGUGCGACCCUCCAUGACGGAUGUCAUCCUGGUCCAGGGUGUGGCCACCGACGUCAACAACUCGGACGAAUUCCUCGGCCCCGUCUGCAUUCCAAGCACCGUCUACUCCAUCACUCUCAGGAAAAACGUCUACAACGACCGCACCAUCCUAGUGAUUGUGGGAGACGAGAACUUCAUGCCAGACGCCAGCCUGGACUGGUCCGGCACCGGUCAGCAGCGACGGGCCAGCGUCAUGAACAACUUUGGUCUGUGCCUUCUCCACGAUGUGCGCCGGAGACAAUCCGUCAUGAUGGACAGAGGCGACGAGGAUGAAACCCGAGUGCGGUCGUGGUCGGACAACUUCCGGCGACGGUUCAUGUCGAACGCGGACCCUUCCCAGCUGGCCCUCGGCAAGCGGCGCCUCUCCAUGUUCAGCGCCGGCGACAAGGUGGGCCUUGACAACCCGUCCUUCGUCACCGACAAGAACGAGCACCAGAAUGAGGACAAGCCCAAAUCCUGGUCCGACAAAUUCCGGGUGCGCUUCGGUCCGACCGAACCAGCAUCGGGGCAACGCCAAUGUGGCAACGCACAUGACCGUAACAACCGGCGCAUGUCCAUGUUCUGCCGCAUGGAGAGGAUCGACAGCUACGGCAACGUGAAUGACCUGCAGGACAGUGGCAACAGCAAGGACAGCAACCCUAGCAACGGCUCUUCCAGGAAGUCCGUGCCCGAGAUUGUGUUUAGCCACUUUUAAGCACGAAUCUAGGAGACUUAAUGAGUGAACUGAGCGGUACUAGCAUCGAGCUCUUACAUGGCUAUCGAGCAGCAUCACCGACCUGAGGCAAUGGACACCAGAUAUGACAUUCUGUGGCAUGUGUUCGGAUGAAGUUGGUGACAUCGCUCAGUGACUGUGUGGUUGUGUGUGCGCUUGGUCCAAGAACGGUUCGACGACUUUGUCGGUGCUUGGAAACUGCAUGACUGUGCUGUGUAGUGGUGAGAAACAGUUACACCCCUCGUCAACGGCACUAAACACGGACAAUGAGUUCACGAGUGCUGUCGAAGUCAGAUGAGCUAGAGCUUGACUUGACUUGGUAAGGACUGCUUUGUGACCUAGUCAAGGUCGGGAGGUUGUUAGAUUUGCAGUCCACACGGUGACUGUGAGGCCACAGCAUUCCGAGCCAGAAGGCUGUUUAACUCUCUGAUGAAGGAGUAGCUUUGCUACUGUGCGCCGGAAGGCUGUUUCUAACUCCCUCAUGGAGUUUUUCACGGUGGGCUAGAAGGCUGUUUCCAACACCCUUAGGAGAAGUAGUUUUGGUACAAUGUGUCGGAAGGCUGUUUCCAACUCCCUGACGAAGGAGUAGUUUUGCUACAGUGUGCUCGAAGACUGUUUUCAACACCCUCAUGAAGGAGUAUUUUUGCUACAGUGUGCUGGAAGGCUGCGUUCCAACACCCUUAUGGAAGAGUAGUAUUGCUAAAAUGUGCUUCUAACUCCCUGAUGAAGGUGCAGUUUUGCUACAGUGUGUUGCAAGGCUGUUUCCAACCCCCUGGUGAAAGGAGUAUUUUUGCUACAGUAUGCUGGAAGACUGUUUUCAACACCCUUGUGAAGGAGUAGUAUUGCUGAAGUGUGCUAGUAACUCCAUGAUGAGGGUGCAGUUUUGCCACAGUGUGUUCCAAGACUGUUUCCAACUCCCUGAUGACAGGAGUAGUUUUGCUAUGGCGUUUUGUCCACUAGGUGUGCUACUUUCAAUGCACACGCCUCUAAGAGUGAGGAGAGACACAGUAAGGUCUCUAAAUUGGAGACAGAGGCCUUCAGAAACGUUCUAACCAGCAAAAUGUGUCAAAGAUGAAAGCGUCCGCUGGCUGCCUUUGUUGAGACAUUUUGCACUUUGCACUUGUAGAUGGUGCCAUUGCCUUUGAAAGCCUUUCGAAUGCAGCAAGUGUACUUUCUCAGCUUUUUAAAGCAACGAAUAAUGGGCCUGCUACGAAGGACAUGGAUCAAGGUUGCCCACUUUCAUGGCAUCCUUUGGAUUUCUUACAGUAGAAGAGAUAUUUUGACCCGUCAUGUAGACAACUCUUGACAUAUACCUCAUACGUGACGGCCAACUCGUGAUAGACAACUUGUCGCGACUGUAUUUUCACUCAUCUACCGGAGAAGACGAAGAGCUUGGGCUGAUCGACGUACAAGUAGCCAAGCAGAAAAAAGGUGGUGCUGGUCAAACUGCUCGAAAGAGCCGUACGUAGUCACAGCCAGUGCCAAGAAUAGCUGCAACACUUGCGCUUACGCGAACAAUCCCAGAUGUCGGUGACACACUUAAAGACUGCGGAGCAAAGAUGCACACGCUUUUUGUUUACGUUUAUCCACAGCACGCGGGCACAUUGCAUACGCACUUAAGUAUCUAAAUCUCGUAUCAUUGCCUACACACAUUCCACAAACUGCAAGCUGAAAUGACAACCGAGAAUAUAAAAUUUGGUCAGGCUUCAAGGUCCUAGAGACUGCAGAGCAUGCGGCAUAAAGAAAACUGUGUGUUACCUUUGUUCUUAUUGAGUGGAACUAGUUGUAUAAGAAACAUGGGAAUGAGUGGCACAGUACUGAGAUGACCCAAGAGGUAAAACCACUCACAAGCCCAUGUUGGUCUUAACACCACAGUGUGCACAUGUAUCACGGCAUCUGAGAGGUCACAUGCAUUGUUCCUAGAGGAGCCCUGACACACUAUCGAAAAUAAGUCCCAGAAGUUCUGGAUGGCAAUAAGGCUUAGCCUAGCCUGCUUGAAGCCCACAGCAUACAAACAGACUUGGUUCAAGAGGCUAUGUUCUACGUGUAGUGAACCUGUGAUCCAACAUAGGGCCACAUUUUCUCCAGCAUUUAAUCUUAUGUAUACCUUGAAUGAUUGAACCCUUCUCGAUGCUUAUUUAGGGAGAGCAUCCAGCUAAUACAGUGACAUUUUUUUUAAUGCAUCCGGCUGAUGCACUUAGAAACAAUGUGAUACGUUGAACAGAAACAGGUGCUGCACCAUGCUACGAGCAAUUUUCUUGAUCAAACUUAUAUUUACCGGCUUAUCUGGUAGGUAAGCUCAGAAAGUAAUAUUGCAAAAAGUGACUGACUGCAGAUGACACUCAUGGGUAUCAAUACAGGUGUAGAUGGCACUUGCGCUUGCCUGUUCGUACUGCAUCAUCAUUUUUGCGUUAAAAAUCUACUGAACUAUAUUUUAUCAACAAAUAGAGACAGAAAAGUUGUCAAGAAACCAACUCAUAUUGAGCUCCUGCCACUGUUUUUUGCCUCCAGCCAGUAGUUUCAGAGGCAGCAGUAAAACAAAGCUACAAAGGGGAAUCGAGCGUUAACAUUCCGAGCCCAUGCUGACUGCACUUUUCACCUGGAGAACACUUCUUCGUUGGACUGUUUUAAGAAUCCCACCAACUGUGAUAGCGACUGGCACAAUAAAACCACAUCAUCACAGCAGCAGUGAGCAAAUGAAUGUGGCACCUAAAAAUGCACAGGCUUUGAGUGCUACACGAGUUGCACUCGGCAAAAAGCAAUGUUUUGCAAACCUUGCAACAGUGCACAGGCAUAAUUGGCUGAAAAUACACAAACGGCAUCGUCAGGGCUCCUUUCAGGACAUUCUUCAAGUCCCUGUUUCUUGCUGUAACAUAUGUUGUUAAGUUUGAUGUCUUUAUUGUUACUUGUUUUGCAUUGUUUGUGCCUGUUUGAUGUUUGAAACGAUGCAUCUCAUACUUAUUAAACUAUAUUACACAAAUGUGGAAA